GCGGUAGCUGCUGAAGAGAAGUGGCUCAUCGCCUGGUCCGAUGUCUCCUUCCAUGCAAACCUGCUCGGAAAAGGUGGCUAUGCCAUGGUGGUGCAGGGUCACUACGCAGGUGCGAGGGUGGCUGUGAAGAUGCCAUCGAAGGAGCAGCUCUGCACGUG